AUGCAAGGUAACAGUAAUAAUAAUACCAACUCUGCCAGAGUGCGCAAGUCUCCCAGCCCUGGGGGUUCUAGACGUACAAGUCCGGGUAGUAACAGACGCACGUCGGCUGGCCGUCGCUCACCUAAUUCAUAUAUUGAGCGCACCACCACUGUCCGAUUUGUGCAGGCCUCCACUCGCCGCAUAUUAUGUACUAAACUGAAUCGGGUCCAGCGCACGAAGUGCAAGAUUGAGGAUAAUGUUAUUCUGUGUGAGAACUUUCUCAAGGGGCAUUGCGAAAGUGGCAGCAGUUGCAUGCUAGCGCACGUCCCUAAUCACUACCUUUGGGAAUUCCUGACCCCACGCGUUGAUCCGAUAACCUAUUUGUACCACCCAGGCUUCAACAUCCGUUGUUACACCCCCAACAUGGAUGCAUACUAUGACAUUCCCAGCGAAUGCGUCCUCCAGACGCAUGGCAGUGAUCGCUACAUAAUGCAGUUCAACGACAACGGGGACAACUUCCGGGAGAAAUACCGACUCUGCGACACGCUGCUGAGCACUGGGCAUUGCUCAAAUGGGUUGAAGUGCGAAUAUGUGCAUUGCUGCGUUGCUGACAUGUCCUCGUUUCCGUGCAUCCGCACCCACAUCGCUGACAGCGAAGCGGUUAAAAAUUACGAGCGGCUCCCGAACAACAUUAUGGUGCGCGUGUUUCAGCCAAACAGCGGAGACGAGGGGCAGGAGUUCCCCGGCAAUGAUGUGUUACGUACUGCUGGAGCUACUCAGUACGAGGAGGCGUAUAACAGAGAGGGCAAUGUACCAUCUGUUAAAAUGCAGCACUGUGCGCACUUCCAGAACAAGAAGCUUUGCCGUCUGGGUGAUGGCUGCCGAUUUUUGCACGUCGUGUCCAUGGCCCUGUCGACCCCCAUGGAAGAGGAAUCGGGGGAUACUUCGCCAUAUCAAACUCCAGUCGAUAAGGACAACAUGAAACAGCAAUUCGCCGCUCAGGCUAACAAGAACAACGCUGCCUACUUAGCUGCAACUGUCAUGAUCGAUGGCAUGAUGGAGAAUCCAGUGAACAACUCGCUCACCCCGUAUUACCUGGCUGCCAAUCCCAUCGGCUACGACUGCGGCGGCAGCAAAACGAGCUCCACGAUGACCUCGCCGAGUAUUCUCCCGAGCGCCUCGGCGAACGCGGAGAUGAUGCAGAUGGGUGGGGUUCUGAACAACGCUGCGACCGCAGUUUUGCCGAAAGACGUGCAGAUCGGGGACCGCCGUUCACCGGUGCGGCGCCACAACCCCUAUCUGAGUUCCUCCAUCGAGAUGGACAAUAAAACGGACUGA